GAACAUCAGAAACAUUUAAUCGUUUAUUACGUGAUGAUAUUAUUAUAAAUGCAUUAAGUACAUUUAGUAUGGCAUCAGGUAUAUUUAAUAGUCGACAAUUUAAAUUAGGACCUUAUCAUAAUCGUGGAAGAGUUCAUGGUAUGAGAAAUUUUUUAAGUUUAGAUUUAGAUAAAAAUCAUACACAAUUUAAUAUAACAAAAGAAAAAAAACAAUUCAUUAAACAAAGAAUACAAUAUGUAUGGAAACAAAAAAAAGCACAACAAAAUACGUUUAUUCCAUUAUGGUUAGAAAACUAUUCAUCGGAUUAUCCAGAAGAAUUUAUGUUAAUUUAG